AUGUAUGGUCUACCCAAGAUCCACAAGCCGGGGACGCCCUUGAGACCCUUCGUUUCGUGCAUGAGCUCCUUUACCUUCAACCUCUCCAAGUAUCUAACUGGGAUCCUGUCACCACAGACCGGCAACACACCAAACACCAUGCCCAACACCACAGCCUUCGCAGAGUUCCUCCGCGGGCAGCACAUCGACAGCCACGAGGCAUUGAUCUCUUUCGGCAUUGAGUCGUUGUUUAACCAACUCCCCAUAGGCGACGCUUGCUGUGUGGCCCUUCGUCGCCUGGAGGAAGACCCUGAGUUACCUGACCAAACAUCACUCUCCCCCACCAAGAUCAUCUUCCUACUAGAGUUUGUCCUGUGCUCCAUGUAUUUCCUGUAUGGUGGAACGUACUACGAGCAGACAGACGGGGCAGCCAUGGGUAGUCUGGUGUCAGCGGUUAUUGCCAAUCUCUACAUGGAAGCGUUCGAGGAGGAAGCCCUGCAGAGUUGCCCACCCGACUGCCGUCCUACCGUAAGGAAGCGGUACAUUGAUGACACUUUCGUCAUUGCACCAUGGGAUCAAGCCAGCCAUGUACUCAACCACCUGAACAGCCUCAAGCCCGGCAUUCAGUUCACCAUCGAGGUCGAGCAGGACAGCAGCAUGGCCUUCCUGGACACCAUGGUCCACAGGGAACCUGACGGCAGCCUGACUAGCACCGUGUACCGCAAGCCCACUCACACCAACCAGUAUCUGGCUUUUGACUCACACCACCCAGAGUCCCAGUCAUCAAGAUCCAAGACCAGCAACGAAGCGGAGCGACCGGAGUACAAGGCCUUCACAGUUCUUCCCUUCGUGGACGGUAUCUCCAGAUGGCUGAAGAGAAUCCUGGAGGACCACGGUGUCCGCACCGUGUUCCGAUUGUCCACCACCUUGAGGAGCCAACUCGUGCGCCCUAAGGAUCCUGUCCCACCCGGAAGACACGGAGGAGUAGUCUACAGGAUACCGUGCGGUGACUGUGACAAGGUGUACGUCGGCGAAACUGGCAGACCCGUCGGCAAAAGAAUCAAGGAGCACCAGUGCGACAUGAGACUCUCCUGUGUGGAUUCGUCAGCGGUAGCAAAACACACCUGGGGAGUUGGUCACCACCAUAACUGGGACGGCGUGCAGUGUGUGGACCACGACCAGCAUUGGUACACCAGACACAUCAAGGAGGCCAUCCACAUCCGCCUCAACCAACACAGCAUCAACAGAGACAGCGGCAUCAACAUCCCCUGGUUCUGGCUCCCCUCCAUCCGUCAAAACAAUCACCGGAGCACAACGGAGCCACGAGGACACACCCCUUCAUGCCCAUGGAGUGGUGCAUGCAACGCCCGCUGA